AUGCCGCGUGCUCAGGCAGUACGCCCCAAAGAGCGAAAGAAGGGAUCAGGUGGUAAACGAGUCAAUGCAGCUAGGUGUGCUAUGAAUGCGAAGUUGGCGCAAGAUUUGCUGAACAAGUAUUAUGAAUCAGGAAAGGUCAAUGACCUCGGAGAAACAGAUAAGGACAGAUAUCUGAAAACGUGUACUGCACAGGUAUUGGCCUAA